CAGUCAAGGCUAGUCCCCCAUGUUGUCAUUCUCUAGUGCUGAUUCUUGUCCCAUAUCAAAUCCAAGUGAGCCUCCCCCAUAAUUUUUCGUCCACCCUCUACCAGUUGACAGUACCAAACAGACCCCAAGAAUGGACCCCCCACGACCAGAGCCAAAGCCAACAGUCAUUCUGCCAGGCACCUUCACUGCCUCUCGAAAAUCCAGUGCCACCAGUAUCACCAGUCAAUCAACAGUGCUGUCGAUGGCAGUCCCUGGUCGCACCCAGGGUGACGGUAUGGAGAACACUCCACCAAAACUGGAGACAAGGAAGACAAACCUCCGUGAUACCUUGAUCUAUCACCCAACGAACCUCAACCAGUCCCCCUGCCUGCCCCCCGUGACUCCAACUGGGACCAUCGUCAACCUGACGCCACGAAACAUCACUCAUUCCAAAAAAGAGAAGCUCCUGCACACGUUGAAGUGUAAAGAACCCAAAUUUAUUCCCUACGAGCCGUACAAGGCAGCUGUGAACCCCAUAAUCCCCAUUCAGAAGAAGAAGAGGGGAACGAAGAACAACCUGGACAUCAACGAGAUGGUGGCUCAGGUGUCGAUCCAUAAGUCGAUAGAAAUGGAGAAGAACGAGUUGAAGUUCGAGAAGCCACAGAGCAAGGAGGAGAUCGAGCUGAAGGAGUGGGAGCUCGAGAAGAAGUCCUACGAACAAGAGCUCAAGAAUCUCAGGGACGAGAACGCCCAGUUGGAGAAUCAGCUCAAGUUCCAGGCACAGGUGAAUGGGGAACUGAAGAAUCUGUUGGUGGCAGCUGUUGGCGAGGACCUGCAGACACGUGUGCACCUUCUCACUGAGGAUAAAUUACAGCUGGCGAGAGCUCUGUUGAAUUCUGCCCAGCAUUUGAGCACUCAUCAGGAGCAGACGGAGUGGUUGGCUGGUCAGUGCGAAGUUUGGAGAAGCAAGUUUUUGGCUAGCAGUCUCAUGGUGGAGGAACUUGCUAGGUGGAAGGCUGGUUUAUCUCAGCGAACGACGGAUUUGCAGGAGAGUAUCAAACGUCUCCUCGAGGAGAGGAGCAAAGUGAGAGAGACCGCGUUGAGGACAUACAAGACCCUUUGCAUUCUAAGAGAGAAUUUCGACCCAGUGGGGACGAUGACAUUUAGGAGGCAUGAGCUUCCCAGCUCCAACAUAAUCGACCUCGCUGAUGGGUGCUGUCACGUUGCUGAAAUCCUCAAGGUGCAGCUACUCAGUGGAGUUGAUAACAGCAAGCUGAGGAAAGAGGUGGGGAUCACAGGUCUAGAAAUGACGACUCCUGGGGAGAAGAAGGCAGAGCAACUGUUGAUGAACCCCAAUCUGAUGAUGACAAGGGCUGAUGUGGCUUGCAGUGCGGUGAUGGGUGCUGCUGUAGCUGUUGGUGGUCAAAUGUUCAUGGCGAAGGGGCCUGAGGCCAUGGCUUGCUGCCCCCAUUGCAGUGGCGAAGUGAAGCAAGUAUGAUGGUGGGCUGCGACCUGAGGGGACUGUACAUUCCACUUCAUAAUGCAACGGAGGGACUCAGGGAGGAUUAGGAAUUGAUAAGUCCUCUGAUUUAUUGUCACUGUGUGUUCAUGAAGGUAGCUAGAAACUGGUCUCAAUAUUUUUUGAUACUGGUAAUAAAGUGGGAGUAGUUGGUGAUGACGGGGCUGUCGUCGCUAUUUUUUUCAUCUGGAAAACAAUUUUUUGAGGCUUGAGGAUUUUUCGGAAAGCUCAAUUUUUUAAGCUCUGUUAAUUGGGUGAGUUACUUUGUGGUCGUUGAGUCUUAUCACACGUUGAGCGUUCCAACUGGAUUUCGUAGAGAGCACGAUAACAGUGAAUUCCUUCAGUGCAUCCUGGAACAGGCCAUCCAGUACCUCAGCGUCCUGAUCCAAUUCCUCGAUGAUAAUUAUCUGGAAAAUUAUAAAAUUAUGAAGGAAUAAAUUAUAUUUUUGAAUAAUU